UUAUGACGUCAUCGAUGUUUUUCAAAAACACAAGAGAGCACAGUAAAGAAGAUCACGAAGUAACGCGCGCACGGAUUUAUUUUUUCCAAAACAACACCAAUGAUCAUUACAAAUCAAAGUUAUUGAAGGUGCCUACAAAAACAAAAAAAUCCUAACGGCCAAAAACAAGAAAGAGGGACUUACGAGCCUUGAAGAUCGCACAGUAACUUGUAAAACAGCACGAUUUCAUGGCGGAGAGUACUAAUUCAAGACCUCUUGGCAUGUUAGAGCGGGUGCUGCUCGACAGAGAAAAGAUAAAUCAUUGGGGGACUAUUACUUCUGUGCUGCUACUGACUUCUGAAGAAGAACUGAUUCACGAUCAUCUGCGGAAAGCCCUCAGUCUGCUACCCAAACGAUUUCCCUUGCUACGGAUGCGAAUCAACGAGAGCGGCAGUCAACCAUACUUUGAAGAAAUGGAAAACCCAGAAACAGUCGACUUUCGAGUAUUGGACGAGAUAACUGCUGAUGAAUGGGAAAAAGGUUUCGAAAAGGAAACAGAUGGCCCCUUGUUCAACACUAACAUUGGUCCUCUAUGGCGAGUGAGGCUACUGAAAGAAUCAGUCCACGAAGGCAAAUACAACUACGCGUUACUGUUCACAUUCCAACAUGCAAUCUGCGACGCACUUUCUGUCUUCCAGCUUCAGCAAAAACUGGUGGAAUUUUUAGCGGCUCUCCACCAUAGUGAAGAAUUUGAAGUUGAAAGCUUGCCCCUUAGACCCCCCUUGGAAUCACUGCUAUCCAAUCGAGCCGAACCAAGCACUGCGGAGAAAGUGUUAAUUUCGAGCUUUUUCGCACUUCAGCGAGCGAAAACCUUCUUCAUGAAACCAAAUAAUCUUUACCUUUCAGUUUACCCCCCUGUUGUCAAUUCAAAUCCGUCGGUAUCGAAGAAAACCUGCCUCCUUGGUCGAAGUUUUUCUGAAGAAGACACAAAGCUGCUGCUAAAGAACUGUAAAGCCAACAAGUGCACAGUUCACGGUGCCAUAACCGCCUCCACGCACCAAGCGAUCGCGCGAAUUCUCUGCACGAAAAAACACGAUCUUCACACCCCAGUCUGCAUCGAUUCAAUCUAUACAGUCAGUCUACGCAAAGAUUGCCAGCCAAAAGUUGAAACUUUUGAGUUUGGAGCCUAUGUUACCGCAAGUGCUUUAUCAAUUUUAGUUCCCUUGGCUUACCCCGAUGACAAAGUUGGAUUUUGGGAGUUUGCUCGCACGUGUACUCGCGAGGUACACGCGCAGCUAGACUCUGGGAAGCACCUCGACCUCUUGAAGCUUUAUUAUUGUUCUGGUAGCAAAGCGUAUUGCAAUUUACACAAUUAUGAAAAUAACGAAGGCCGUAGGAGCCAGAUCAUCACUAUCACUAACUGCGGAGCCCUCCAGACGAGCCAGGGUGGGGAGUGUCCGUUCAAAUUUGCCGGAAUGUACUUUGGUCUGAGAGGAGAGAGACUGGGCCACGUUUUCGGUAACAACAUCCUGACGGUGGACGGUAAACUUUACUGGGCCGUGGAAUAUUUCCCACACGUUACCACAAAAGAACAAGCAGAAGAUUUCAUUACGUUAUCCAUGCAGAUUUUAAAAGAUGUGUGUGCACAGUAAUUCUAUUAACUGGGAACACUUUCAAUAAAUCGUGAAACUCGAGGAAUGUUAAAUCUAUUAAGAAAAUGAGGUUUUGCAACAACCGAGAUUUUCAAAGGAAAAAACUCUAUUGCAAGCUAUCGCAUCUUCCUGAUAUGCUGUAAGGUGGCUCAAAAUGGUCAUGUUAUUUUCAAAUAGCAAUUCUCUGUUAUAGCGAUUCCACUGCACUUUAUCUUAUGUAAACUUGAAGAGAUUAUCGAAAAAUUAAGGUGGCUCUGAAGUUACCAUGCAGAUUUAAAAGGAAAAACUUUUUAAAAAGAUGAAUCUCGAAACACUGAUUGUAAUUCACGAACAAGUAACUGGGUCACUGAAAUCGUAUAUAUUCAAACUUGUGUUUAAAGUAGCUGCAGCAUAAUUCGUAUCUCGAGU